AUGGAAUUCACGACGAACGGCUCUGUUGAUCAUACUCAAUCACUAGAACCACGACAACUGCCUCCUGGUGCUCCUGGCAAGCCAUACGUGAUCUCGUCUCAAGAUGGAGAAAUCAUAUACAUCCCGCUAUCGAAAUCAGCAACCCGACUUCUGGUCACUGGUAAGGAGAGUGAGAAUGCCUUUGCCAUGGUGGCCAGCGGAGGCAGUCAAAGCGAUCCUAUAGGAUUUCACUAUCACCGAGAAGCUCAUGAUGUUUUCUUAUGUCUUGCUGGAGAAGUCAAUGUCUGGGCUGGAGAUCAGUGCCGAAUCAUGACUUCGGGCGAUUUUGCAUCCGUGCCGCCCGGGACGAUACAUCAGUACCAAGUUCUGGGUCCACACUCUGAAUUCGCGGGCUUGAUUGUGCCUGGAGGCUGGGAGGAGUUCUUCCGCUUCAUCGGGGAGCCGUACUCAGGACCAAUGUGGCCGAUGCAGGACGAACGCAAUUUCUUCGAGGUACUGCUGCCACGUCUUAAGCAGGCAGCUGAGCAGUUCGAUAUGGUGCCAUGUCCGCAGCAUAAGCAGUUCGAACCGCAAGCAUGGCAGUCCGGCGACAAUCGAUUGCCCGGCAUACCAGAACCAUAUUUUCUGAAGAAUGCCACAGGGCCAGCUUACGAAGUCGGAGGAACAGUAUCCAGACCCCUUGUUACCACGGCUGAAUCGUAUGGCAAGUUCGCCAUCGGGAGUAUCGAAGCAUCAUGCCAGCAUCAAGAGGCAAGCAUCUUCGCAGGCAAGGAAAAAUCAAUUCGCUUCGACGCAGUACACCACGCUUUCAUGGUCACACAAGGAGCUGUUGAGUUUCAUCUCGAAUCACAUACCUCCUCCAAUUUAUCUGCAGGAGAUGUGAUUUACGUACCGAAAGGCACGAAUUUCAGAUUUUCGACAAUGUCUCGCUUUAGCAAAAUGUAUGCUUUCGCGAACGGUGGCGGAGUGGUUGAGCUGUUGAGCAGGCUUGGUCAGAAACAUAGCCUGCCAAUACUGUCGGACAAUGUAAGCAAGGUGGACCACGAAGUACUGGUGAAGUUGCAACAAGAUCAUGGGUGUACCUUGGUAUAG